AGCUCCGGGCUGCCUCACCUACCCGCCCGCGCUCGAUCCACCGUCGCUGAAGGCGCGCAACUUGAGAGUUCAGUUCCCGCGCAGCAACCCAGCUCCUUCCUGACUGCUGAGAAUGGAACUAGACAACAUUCAAGUAAUUGAGAAUGAUUAUGCUGACUUGGUGUUGGAUGCAGGUGCAGCAAACUUUGGGGAGCACUACAGAAAAACAAUGAAAGGCAGAACAAAAGAGGAGUGCUACAAUAUAAUCAGAUCUGCAUGUGCUUUAUUGAACUCUGGGGGUGGGAUUAUCACUGUGAAAGUGCUGAAUGAAGGUUAUAACUAUGACAUUCAUGGAAUUGGGUCAGAUAUCGAAAAUGGGUUGCAUAAUUUGCAAAGUUGUGCAGCAGUCAAAUCUUCCUUUAAUUUUAUUCAGCAAGAUGGAAGAAUGCUCAUUUUUGUGCAGUCUUGGAGCAAUGGAGAUGGCAAUAAUAAUGAAAAGUUGCCAAGACUUUGCGCUAUAAAGAGUAAUGCCUACCAGCGAGCAGACAGCAGUAGCUAUCAAAUGUCACCACUUGAAUUUGAGAAUUUCAUUACAAGAAAAACUAAGGCUGCAGGAAGAAGUGACAGCAUCGAAAAAGACUCAGAUUUGAGCAUUGAGCCGCUACAUAAGAAACCUAAAAUUGAGCCAAUCGAAUCAACUGUGUUCAAAAGCAGAGAAUUUCAGUUUGGUGAUACAUUGAAUUUCAAUGAAUCUAUGUAUGUUGAAUUUAAAGACUUCUCAGGGAAAAACGAUGCCAGGAGGAUAAAAGAGGCACUGCCUAAGUACAUCUCUGCCUUUGCAAACACAAAUGGUGGAUAUUUAUUGAUUGGUGUCACUAACACAAGAAAGGUUGUUGGAUGUGGUCAUUGUAUUGAAGAUCCACAAUAUUUUGAGAAAUUAAUAUCUACAACUGUAGAAAAACUCAACACUGUACACAUUUGCAACACUCAAAAAAUUAUUAACUAUAGCAUUAAUGUUGCCAGAGUACUGAACAAAUCAGAACAGCACGGCUUUCUAAUAAUUUUGUACGUGGAACCAUUCUGCUGUGUGGUGUUUGCUGAUAAGCCUGACUGUUGGAAGAUAGAAAAUGACCAGAUUAAGAGAGUAGAACCUCGUGAAUGGACUGAAAUAAUAUUAGCCACAGAUCCAGACAUAGAAAAACUGUGUUCCAGUUUUCAGAAGGAGUUGAGUGUGACUGCAGCACCAAUGGGGUGUAAGACAGUCUAUUCACUUAAAGAUGCUGAAUGUUUGAACGAAUUGCAACGGAAAUUGUUUCCAGUGGAAUUUCAUUCUUCCAGUGAAAUCAGCAUAAUACCAGACAACUUGCAUAAAGAACUGCUCAAAGAGUAUCCAAAUCUGGAGAAUCUGCUGCCUAAAAUGAAAGGUGUAAGAGGCCGGGGAGUUUUGAUUUUCUCCAGAAGCUGGGCUGUUGACAUUGGGCGGGCAAAGCACCAGGAUGUAGUAUGUGAUGCACUGCUACUGGCAACGGAGAAUGCUCCAAGAUUAUACACGGUUGGCAAGCGGGAAAGUGAUGAAGUUUUCAAGUAUUCAAAAGACACAGCUUUUUCCAUCAAACAAAAACUGGUGAAUCCAGGUGGCUAUACAGGAAAACUCUGUGUAAUUCCCAAAAUCCUUUGGUAUUCUAAAGGUCAGUCUGUCGAAGGCAGUAGUACAUCUACAAUGGAAUUGGGCAAUAUGCAGGAAGCUAAAAGGAGAUUAGAAGUUCGGUACCCAAAAGAUUAUACAUUCUUGAACAUUACAGCAUUACUAAUAGCACUCACUAUCGUGCUAUUGAAUUUCAGAUCCUUCUUAAGUGAUCAACUUGGCUGUGAAUUUCUCAAUCUGCUAACUUUGGAGCAAUUUCAGAUUCUUCAUUCAAAACACGAUAUUGAGAAGUGCAAAAAACUCUUUGUGCACGGCCUUCCUGGAACUGGCAAAACAAUUAUAGCCAGGCAACUCAUUGAAAGGAUUAUCAACACCUUUCAAUGUAAAAAAGCUGAGGUCCUUUACAUUUGUGAAAAUGCUCCACUGGCAAGAUUUAUGAGGCAGAAAACAAAUUGUACCUGCGUUACAAGGAAGACAUUCAUGAGCGAGAAUUUCCCGAAGGUAAAACACGUUAUUGUUGACGAGGCUCAAAAUUUUCGCCUCGAGUCUGGAGACUGGUAUGAGAAAGCUGAAUCAAUCAGAACGGCUGAAGUAACACAUCCAAAUGGAGCAGGAGUCUUCUGGAUUUUCAUGGAUUACUUCCAAAUGUCUCAUUUCUUUUCAACUGGAUUGCCAAGGAUUCAAGACCAGGAUCCUAGAGAAGAAUUAACAACAGGGGUCCGGAAUGGCAAGGAAAUACAUAAAAUUGUCCAUCUAAACAUGGAGCAGAUUCUUCUUUCAGAAUGUGAUCAAGAGAAACGUAAAUUUCUUACUAAACUGUAUAAAGAAGCUAAUUGUGGGCAUUCUUUUCCAGGGAAGGUUGAGAAAUCAAAAAUGACACCAGAAAACAUUGCCAAACACAUCAGGGUCAAAAUAAAACAAUACCUUGAUACAGGCUAUACAACAGAACAGAUGGCUAUUCUCUGUAGUACACAGGAAGAAUGUAAAAAGUAUAGGGAUCUGCUGCAGUGUGAACUCAAAAGAUUGAAUGUAUAUGCAUAUUUAGAUGAAGCAGAAUCAGCAUUUGGGGAUCAUACGACUGAAAACAUUGUUACUUUGAACAGUAUACGCCGAUUUUCAGGCUUAGAAAAACCCAUUGUAUUUGGCAUUAACCCUCUACCUCACCCUGAUCAGCAAGUACUAACUCCAAAUAUUUUAGUCUGCUUGGCUUCACGAGCUAUGACACAGCUUCAUUUGUUAUUUGAAAACUAAAUGAGGCUCAGUAGCCUUGAUUUUCCUCUACUAGCUCUCAGGAACAUUUCUUCUUAUUUCUGCAUCUUUUGAAACUGUUGGAUUGCAAUGAGAACUUUUCUUAGACCAGGGUUUUAACAGGAUGGUUGCAGAUUUUCAUAACAAAGAAUUUGCCAACAAUUGUGAACUCUGUUCUCGUGGGUGUCGGCUUCUGCAAUGUGCAGACAAUUAGAAGCUAAUGAGUUGUUUACAAGUGAAGCUAAUUAAGGAGGUUGGAACUGGAUAUAAGGUACAGACAUAUAUUCAGGGAGAGUGUGAGAGAAGAACACAUGUCUGUGAAGUUUAUCUUCCAAGCAGAAGCUGCCUGUUCUUUGCAUUUUUAAAAAAAAGUUUAAACUGAAGAAAAUCAGUUCCCUUUAUUGUGGUGAUUGCUGAGAGUUGUGACCUUUCAGUUGCACUGGAGAGUGUGUGGAAAAGAUUUAUCAGGAUGUUGCCUGUGAUGGAACAUGUUUGUUACGAAGAGAGGCAGGAUAAACUGAGGCUAUUUUCUUCAGAACAGAGAAAGCAGAAAGGGGACAAAUUAAACUUUUUGCUGCAGAGAACAGGUAGCUUCUGCUUGGAAGAUGGAAGGACAUGUGUUUGUGUGCAGUUUCACUCUCUUCCAGUUCCAACCUCUUCAAUUAGCUUCACUAGUAAACACCUCUUUAGUUCCAGAUUGUCUGCACAUUGCAGAAACCCACAGUCACAAGAACAGAGCUCAGAAUUGUUAUAAAAUUCCUUGUUAUGAAGAUAUGUAACUGUGUCUUGUUAAAACCUUGAUUUUUUAAAAAAAAAAGUUCUCAUUGCAACCCACUGUUUUAAAAGACACAAAUAAAAAUAUUCUGAGGGACAUGGACAGUGAAAGUUAGAUGAAGGGUCUGUAUCAAGGGAGUGUAAUGUUAAAGUGAAAGGCAGGAGGUUAAGAGGAGAUUUGAAGAAAAUCUAAUUCACCUAGAGAAUAGUGGAAAUCUGGAAUGCGUUGUCUGGGCAGGUAGUUGAGAUAGGAAACCUCAAACCUUUUAAAAGUACUUGUAUGAGCAUUCGAAAUGUCAUAGUGUUCAAGGCUAUAGGCCAAGUGCUGGAGAGUAGGAUAGUGUAGAUUUAGAAUAACUUUUUCUUGUCGGUGCACACCAAAUGGGCUGAAGGGCAUAUACUGUAUGAUUCUGUAAUUUUGUGACUUAUUGAAGUUUGUAAGAGUGAGUUCAAAAAAGAAACGAAACAGGAAAGCCCGUGGAGCAGAUUGUGGCUUUUAACAACAACUUAAGAGACCAGAUGUAGAUGCUUCUGUGUGUGUAAAAGAAAUACUUAGGCUAGAUGAGAAUUAUGAAUGGUUAUUAUCUAAAGGGAAGAGUGCUGAGAAGUGUGAGGUGAUGCAUUUUGGUCGGAAGAAAUUGAAAAGCGCUAUCAAAUAGGGGAAACAGCUCUAAAAGGAGGAGAGGGACUUGGACUUGGUUGUAUGUGUACAGAACAUUGAAAGUAGCAACACAGGUAGAGAAAGCAGUCAGUUAAACACAGUGUCCUUGGCUUUAUUAAUAGGGAUGUUGAGUACAAGAGCAAAGAGGUGAUACUGAAAUUCCAUAAGACAUUUGAUAUAUCUCAGCUGGAAUAUUCUGUACAUUUCUGAGCACCACAUUAUAGAAAGGAUGGAGUGCAUUGGAGAGAGUGCAGAAAGGGUUUAACAAGAUUGGUUCCAAGGAUGAGGAUAGAUUAAAGAAAGUUAGGACCAUUACCCUUAGAAAAAUGAAGGCUAAAAGGAGAUCUGGUUGAUUUCAAAAUCUUUUCAGUAGCCUGAGGAUGCUGGAUAAGAUACAUGGAGAAAAACUGUUCCCGCUUGUAAAAGGAACAAGAAUGAGUGGGCAUAGAUUUAAAGUGAUCUGCAAAAGAAGCAAGGGUGAAGUCAGGAAAAAAAAAUUCAUUCAGCAAGUGGUUAGGAUGUGGAGCGCAUUGAUUGGAAAUGUGGUGGAGGCAGGUUCAAUUGAGGCAUUCAAGAGGAUUUUGGAUGAUUGUUUAUAUAAAAUAAUGCGCAAAGGAAUGGGAAAAAGCAGAUGAGCAAUAAGUAAUGAUGUUCAUUUAACAAGUUGGUCUAAGCAUGUUAUGGCAAACGGCCUCCUUCUGUGUUUUAAAACUUGUGUUUCCGUAGCCCCUUUUUCUUCAAAGGAAGAAUCCCAAUCCAUAACUAUUCUAGUGGAUAUUGGGGCUACUCAGACUCUGUCACUGGAAAAGAAUUUUGUUUUUCCCUCCAGAAUGUUCAUUGGAAGCCAAAGAGUAUAUUCCAGUUCCAUUGUACAUGCCCAAAUGGAGUGUGACUUGUCUGGAGUAGCGGUAGCUGGGGCAGUUGAUUUACAACUGGGGAAUGAAUUGGCAGGAAUGAAAGUCAUAGCUUCACCUUUAAUCACAGGAAGUCCAAUUGAGACUAAAGAAUCUGAACAGUUACAGGAACAGGUCCUUGGUAUUUUUCUGUUAUGGGUAGUGACUAGAGCAGUGGCUAAACAAAGUCUCACCAGAGGUCACAAUGCUACCACAAGUAAGUGGUAGAGGAGUUGAAACUCUAUUUAAGAACGAAUAUAUUUAAAAAGAGGCGUUAUAUAUUCAUUCAUUGAGGCUCAGGAGGCUGAUUCAGAAUCAAGUAAGUUAGCACUGACAGGUUAUGCUGCAGUCAAAGCUAAAGGAGUUACAUAGAACAUAGAACAAUACAGAGCAGAACAGGCCCUUCGGCCCUCAAUGUUGCGCCGACCUGUGAACUAAUCUGAGCCCAUCCCCCUACACUAUCCCAUCAUCAUCCAUAUGCUUAUCCAAGGACUGUUUAAAUGCCCCUAAUGUGGCUGAGUUAACUACAUUGGCAGGCAGGGCGUUCCACGCCCUUACCGCUCUCCGAGUAAAGAACCUGCCUCUGACAUCUGUCUUAAAUCUAUCACCCCUCAGUUGGUAGCUAUGCCCCCUCGUACAAGCUGACGUCAUCAUCCUCGGAAAAAGACUCUCACUGUCUGCCCUUCGUCAAUUGUAAUACCAUCCCAUCAUAUUCUACCUUCUCUGUCUCAAACUGCAGGGUGAAUUCUAUCAUAUUAUGGUCACUAUUCCCUGAGGGUUCCUUCACCCUGGCCAAGGCUGCCUCAUUACACAUCACCAAAUCCAGAAUUAGCUGUUCCAUCGGAAGCUGUACCACAAGCUGCUCCAAAAAACACUAUCUUGUAGACAUCCGACAAAUUCGUUGAGAUCAGAUCCAACCUGAUCUUCCAGUCCACCUUCCUAUUGAAUCGUUGGCAUUUCCCAGCUAUCGUAAAUUUCUAGUUACUUCCACUUUCCUUACAGACAAAGGCAACCCUAAUCCAAUUUGUCUGAAUUCCAAAAGCCUUGCCUUGCUCACUUUCUGUAAAACUCUUAGAAGUGACUUCUUCCACCCCAAGGAAACUCUGUCUCUGAAACAGCUAUUACUACAUAACGCACACCUAUUCAAACCAACAGAAUUCAACACCUGAAAAGAGAACACCAACACUCACCACUCAGUGCCUUUGAGUCCAAUAAGCCUACACCCAACAUAGAAUUAGAGAUUUUUAUCUUGAUAAGAGUUCACAAUUUGUUAUGGACUAGACCAAAACCCUUCAAAACAUGUCAAGGAGAUAACCUAGACCCUAACUUUUAUUUAUUUUAAAGGCAAGCACCAGACAUUGCAUCUAGAUACAAUUUGAUUAAUCAACUUUAAGUGCACCAUAUUUUUAUACUACAGUUAAAAUAAAAACUAAAAAGGAAAGAAUGCGCUUAAGUGUAACUCUAUGGAAAGGCUUUAAAACAAUAUAUAUAUAUAAAACCAUACUAUAUUGAAACAAUUAAUUUGUAAGUGUUGCAAAUUUCAGUAGAUUAGUUGUGGAUUGUAAGGCAGGAAGUUAGAUAUUGAUGUUCGUAAAAUGCUGUGAGUCGGCGGGGAAGCACGAGGGGAAGAUUAUACACAAAGAUGAUGCACUUUUUCCAUGCUUAGAGAUUUAAACAAAAUGUCUGUGGGCAGCAGUUUGUGGGUUUGCAGGUGCACAGAAAGCAUUCAAAUUAAAACAUGCGUACCAAAACAUCAUACAGUUAGCGAGUCAACAGAGAGAGGAAUAAGAGCUCCCACAUCCAGCUUCAAGACCUCAGUAACUGCUGAAAGCUAAAACAAAAAAUCCUGGUUCUAUGGGAGGUUGACCCCACCCAUUCAGGUUGUUUCUAUUGUUCCAACUUUCAAAGAAAAAACCAAAACCUCACAAGCUGUUUACUUUAUUGGCUUUUAGAAGUUGGAACAACAGAAGCAGCCUGAAUGGGUGGGAUCAAGCUCCUGCAGAACCAGGGUAUUAAGUUAUAGUUUUCAGCAGUUGCAUGGGUCCUUGGGGUUGCAUGUGGAGGAUCUUAUUCCUCUCUUACAGCUAAAAGGUGGGGAUGACUUUCUGCUGUGAGACAAUCUAUUUUACUGAAAUUUGCCUUUGCCAACAGUUUAUGGGAUGUUACUAUAUAGGAAGUUAAUUGGUAGUCGUCAAUGUGUAUUAUUUAGAUAGAGUUACAGCUGAGCCAAUUCUUUUAUUUUGUCUGUAUUUUAAAUAAAGUGUGUUUUGUUUAAAGUCGAGUAGUUUGACCAAUCGAAUUGCAUUGAGAACGCAAUGCUUGGCAUAUGCCUUUAAAAUAAGAAAAAAGUUAGGGUUUAGGCUAUUUCCUUGAGGGGGUUUAGUCUGGUCCAUAACACAAAGCAGCCCUAUCUCCUCUGCCCAUCUACCUGUUCUUUCAAUAGGACAUGUACCUUGGACAAGUCAUAGCUGAAGUUUGUAACUGUGAAUUGUAUUUGGAUAAUCCUGCUGUUUAUAGUAGCACUUGGGAAGAGCAUGCAAGAUAAGUCAAAGAUAUGUUUAACCACUUAAAAUUGACUGGUUUAGUGAUAAAGUUGUCCAAAGGUGAAUUUCAAAAAGCAAGAGUGACUUACUUAGGACAUGUGAUUGGACAAGGACAGCAAAAUUGAAGGCUUUGAUACAUUCCAUUCUUAAAACUAAAUAAGAAAUCAUGAUGUUUUAGGAUUUUCAGAUUUAUGUGUGCCAUUUCAUUGUGAUAAUGACCUUUAACAAUUUUGCUCAAAGAAACUAGCAAACGUUGUCUGGUCAGCAGAAUACCUAGCAACAUUUGACACUCCUGAAUUCUGCAGUCCUUUCAAAAUGGCAUUUGAUGCUCGUGAUAUGAGGUAGGCACUCUCUUGUUACAAGAUAACGAGUCGGGAUUAGAGAAGUCAGUGGAAUACUUCUUUAAGAAGCUGAACCAGUUUCAGAAGAAAUACUCUACCGUAGAAAAAGAGACUUUAAGAUUGUUAUUAGCUCUUCAGCACUUUGAAGUCUAUAUCCAACAGUAAAACAAUGAAACGCCAAUGUAUACUGAUCAUAAUCAACUAGCACUCAGUGAAAAGUUCAAAAAUCAGAAUUCAAAACUAUUGAGAUGGAGAAUUUUGUUGCAACCAUUUAAUGUAAAAGUUGUGUAUAUUAAUAAAAAGAUAAUGUAAUCGCAGAUUGACUAUCUAGAAAGUAAAAUGUUAGAAUUGUAAUUCUAAGAGUGUGUAAGUUUACAUAAAGGGUUUUUAACAGCAUACUAUUCCAGUGAAUUUUAACAUGGCAUACAAUGAGCCCAAGGCAGUUGAUGGCAUCAGCUUCUACACAUUCAUUGGCUAACUUCAUUCAAAAUAUUAGCAUCAAAUGUAAAGGAAUCAAAGGGAAGUAUGCAGCUGGAGAGGAAAAUUAUGAGCAAGUGAAUUUGAAGGGGUGAGAAUAAUUGAAAGGCCACUGCAAAUGAAACAUUUUAAUAUCUAGUUAUGGUUAAAUUUAUUAAAAGUGAACAUUAAAGUAGCUUUGACUGUGCUUGUUGCAGCAAAAGGAACAAUUCCAGCUUAUGUAAUUAGUUGAAAGAGUAGUCCAUGGGUUGUAUGCAGGGUUCCAUUGUCUUCAACCAGCAGAAAUUGUAAAAUCUAGCUAUCUAUUUCGGUUAUAGAGUUUAAGUUGUAUAAUGAUAGCAACAAUUGUAACUUUUGAAAAUAUUUUUGACAAACAUUAUCAGGCUGGUUCUGAAGUACAAUUGCUACUUUGACUUUGUGCUUUCAUCUAUAUGGCAUACAUACAAUACUAGGAAUCCUUGAAUAAUGAAUUUAGCACAAAUGUAAAUAACCAAUUUCUCAUGUUUUUUACUGUAAUUCUGAAUUGGGUUAUAAUAUUUCUUGAAUAUAUUAUCUUACUAUUCCACCACUUUGUUUUAUUUUCAGAUUUCCAGUACCCAUAGUAAUUUGCUUUUAUUUAAGCUUGGCAGGAGUUUUAAUAAAGGAGCUCAAAUCAGAAGGGUUUUGAUUCAGUGAACAAUAAGAAACUAUCUCUAACAGCAGAAGAGUCAGAAAUCAGAUGGACACAAGUUUGAGAGUUAGAAAAAGAGCCAGUGGUAACAUAAAGUGAAUGUAUUAUUUCACAGGGAACUGCUGUAAUCUAGAACAUGGUACCUGAAAGAGAUGUGGCAACUGAUUCAAAACGGCCUCAAAAUGAAAUUGAAUAAA